AUGACCCAAGUCAACGGAGACCACAAGCCUCACCAGGGCUCUAAGGGCACCUUCCUCUUCACCUCUGAAUCCGUCGGUCGUGGCCACCCAGACAAGAUUGCCGACCAGGUCUCCGAUGCUGUUCUCGAUGCCUGCUUGGCCGAGGAUCCAGCCUCCAAGGUUGCCUGCGAGACUGCUACAAAGACUGGUAUGAUCAUGAUCUUUGGUGAGAUUACCACCAAGACCCGUGUAGACUACCAGAAGGUCAUCCGUGAGGCGAUCAAGGACAUUGGAUAUGACAGCUCAGAGAAGGGAUUCGACUACAAGACUUGCAACGUCCUCGUCGCCAUUGAGGAGCAGAGCCCAGAUAUUGCACAAGGUCUCCACUAUGAGGAGCGCCUCGAGAACCUCGGUGCUGGUGACCAGGGUAUCAUGUUCGGCUAUGCCACCGAUGAGACACCUGAGAUGCUGCCAUUGACCAUUCUCCUCGCACACAAGCUCAACGCGGCCCUUGACGCUGCCGCCAAGGAUGGCUCCCUUGCAUGGCUCCGACCAGACACCAAGACUCAAGUCACCGUCGAGUACGAGCACGACAACGGUGCUGUCGUGCCAAAGAGAGUAGACACUGUCGUCGUCUCAGCCCAGCACAGCCCAGACAUCACCACUGAGCAGCUGCGAAAGGAGAUCCUCGAGAAGAUCAUCAAGAAGGUCAUCCCAGCCAACCUGCUCGACGACAAGACCGUCUACCACGGAGAUGCAGGUCUCACUGGACGUAAGAUUAUUGUCGACACCUACGGUGGUUGGGGUGCACACGGUGGCGGUGCUUUCUCCGGAAAGGACUACAGCAAGGUCGACCGCUCUGCCGCAUACCUCGCACGAUGGGUCGCCAAAUCUCUCGUCCACUCCAAGCUUGCCCGCCGAGCGCUCGUGCAGUUCUCCUAUGCCAUCGGUGUUGCCGAGCCACUCUCGAUCUUCGUUGACACAUACGGCACAUCCGACAAGAGCUCCGAGGAACUCGUGGAGAUUAUUCGCAACAACUUCAACAUGAGACCAGGCGUCAUCGUCAAGGAGCUCGACCUUGCCAAGCCAGUCUACCGCAAGACCGCCAUGAACGGCCACUUCACCAAUCAGGACUUCACCUGGGAGAAGCCAAAGACGCUCAAGUACUAGGUACCCCUUGAGCCGUCAGUCCUUUUCAACAACAUAAUUAAUCAGCCCUGCCUCACGGCACGGGCCAGCAUUAGCCAGGUCAGAGCUCCACCUCUGGUCUGAUGACAAUCGGCGUUUACACGGCAUUCCGGGGAGGAUGAAUGAAUGGAUGGGGAGAUGUUACACUAGAGUCUCGAAAAGUUUCGGGGAGCGCAAUGAUACCCAGUAAAGGCCCUGCUCGCGGCAUGGAAAAACGAGUUUUGUAUUCAACAUAGACCACGGGCAGGCAGACUGCUAUCGACGUCUGGUCGCAUUUGGUUGUGGAAUCUGGCAUUUAGCGUCGGCGUUCGGAGAUGUGCUCAACCAACAUCUUUCGGGCGUGAUGACGGAAAGCAUCAAGUUCGCGCUCGAUAGGAAUGAUAUGGGGAUUUGAUGUUUAUGACUG